AUGGGCAAAAGCGCAGCACGAGUCACUGAACAGAUAUCUGACAUUCACUCCAGUGAUUCAGGAUCACUAGACAACGUGUCCUUGUCUGAUGAGCACACGGUUUCCGAGGCCGAGUCCUACGCCUCAGACGCACCCCUUCAGCCCAAGCGUCUUGAAAAACGCUACUUUGGCUUCCUGAGAUCCAAGCGGUUCUGGAUUGUUCUUGUCCAUGGGCAGAUUCUUUCAUUGGCCAUUACCUGCACUAAUACUAUGACCACAGAAAUGUCGAUGCAAGGCAACAACAUCCCCGCAUUUCAGAGUCUUUUCACUUAUGCCUUAUUAUUCCUGAUUUUCAUGCCUUACACUAUUUAUCGCAUGGGACCCAAGCAGUUCUACAAAAUGUUCAUCCGCGAUUGCUGGAAGUUUUUCAUUUUGGGCUUUGCUGAUGUCCAGGGAAACUAUUUCGUUGUCAAGGCCUACCAGUAUACCAACAUCCUAAGUGCUGCCCUGCUUGACAACUUUGCUAUCGUUGUUGUCGUUAUCUUGUCUUUCCUUCUGCUCAAAGUCAGAUACCACUGGUCUCAGUAUCUCGGAACUGUAAUUGCAAUUGGAGGCAUGGCUUUGCUGGUCGUUAGUGACCAUUUGACUCACGGCAAAGAUCCCGCCGCCAAUGCAGUCAAAGGCGACUUGUUUGUGCUUCUGGGCGCUGCAUGCUACGGUAUUUCAAACACACUCGAGGAGUAUUUUGUCUCUAAGCGACCAAUGUACCAGGUGUUAUCCAUGCUCGGCUUUUUUGGCAUGUGCAUUAUCGGUGUGCAGGCAGCCAUUUUCGAGCGAUCCAGUCUUCAGAAUGCUAAAUGGAAUGGCGAGGUGGGUGGCUACCUCACCGGGUUUACACUUGCUAUGUUGUUGAUCUAUACCACCGCCCCUAUUCUGUUCCGUAUGUCGUCUGCAGCGUUCUACAACUUGUCGCUUCUGACCUCAGACUUUUGGUCUCUUUUGGUUGGUAUCGAGGCUUUCGGGUACUACGUGUACUGGCUAUACCCCGUGGGAUUUGUAUUCACUAUUCUUGGUGUCAUUUGCUACUGUGCGGCACCUAUGACAAAAUUCGGGGAGUCUGUCAAGCCUUGGCUAGGCGACGACCAAGAAAAGGGAAUUGCUGGUUUGGGAACCGCUAGAGCGAGACUGGACCGUCAAAAUCUCGAGACUGUGCCAGAGGAAUCGUCUUCAGAAGAAGAGACACCUGAGACCGAGGCUGAAAAUGAGAGUGAGACAGCCGGAAGCACAAAACAAACGUAA